AUGUCCGAUAACAAUCCCCAUCACCCCGGGGUGCGCAGCUUGCUAGCCAAGUUCGAAGGCCAAAGCCCCAUCGCCUCUCCACCGCCUCGUGGCCGAUCCCCAACUGCCUCAGACUCGUCAGGAACAGCUCGGCAGCUAUCCAAGGUCCGGGCUAGCUUCAUCACUGUGGAUGGGGUCGUUCAGUCGAAUCCUGCUUCGCCAUUGAGGAAGACAAGUGGGCGAAGCGAUAGUCCUGGAAUGUUUGGACCGAAGAUCAAUUUGGCGGAUGCGCAGUCAGGCCGGCAGGGUAUGAUCUCCCCCACCCCGGUCAGUCGCCUGGACCACACACAGAACACGGCUCUGGGACAGAUAAUGGCUGAAGGUCGACCGGAGGAAGCCUUUGGAACCAAGAAUGAAGGGAACAAGACUGCCAAGGAGGAACCCGCAGCGCGUACCGAGACUGAAUUUCGGUCGCGAAACACCCCACCAAAUCAGACAGAGGAGCCCGCCUCCACGGAUUCCAAGUUGACAAGCUCCGACACUCCCUCGGAGAAGUCAGAUUCAUCAGUAGUGAUCAAGAAGAAGCCUUCUUCCGUUGGUUCUGCCCGCAAUGCAACGAGCAAGUCCGUGCCAACUACUGCAGCUUCAACUGGUGCGAAGCCUGCUAUUCACACUACAAGCUCCAAGCGCACAGCCGGCGAAGUGGCUAAAGAGCGCGCCAACUCUCUGGCCCACAAACCCAGUCGUGUCUCACUGAAUCCCAAGACAACAGCACGGCCAACCCGCGGCUCAGCCCCGGCACAAGAUACUUCAAAGCCACAUGCCGUAGGUGUAUCCAACAGACCAGGAGUGAAAUCCCCACCCAAACCUGCCCGUGUACCCGGCUCGAUGAAUACGUCAACCCAAGCAUCUGCUACUAAGCUAGGAGGCACAGGGGCUCCGAGCACGCGCACCACUACCAGUGCAUCAACCCUCACAAGAAAACCUUCAUCCCUCAAAAGCGCAACUGGCGGUCAGUCGCGUGCCACUACUCCUAGUACCAGCAUCCGCAGACAAUCUUCUCGCCCUUCGUUGCCCGCUCAAGCAGCUAAUGAUACAACCACUAAGCCCGUUAAUGAAGGUUUCCUCGCAAGAAUGAUGCGGCCUACCGCUAGCUCUGCGAACAAGUCUCAUCUCCAGGAAAAGACUGAUGCAAAGCCUGUCACCAGGACAACCUCUGUUUCCAAGGCCCCCAGGGUGUCAACUGGGAGGGUGCCAGAUCGUGGCGUCCACCAGGUGAAGCCUAAGAGCGCUGCCCUUCGACCUCAGAGUCAGAAAUCCCAGGCUCUGAACAAGGAACCUGAGCUACAGAAAGAUGGACAUAAGCCUUCCCAAAAGAAGCAGGAAAGUGAGAAAGAGAACAUCGUGGAGCCUGCGACAGUGGAGCCCGCUCCGUUGCGGGAGACCGCAUCCCCUGCUCAGGUUGAGGAGCCUACCCCGGAAGUUGCCAUCGCAUCUGCUGAGGCAACGGAGAAGUCGAUUGAAGUGCCCGAGCCAAUCAUCGAGGAGACAGUGACUGAGAGCUCAUCUAACCCCGUCGCAAUCCAAGAUGCUACGGAGGUGGCGGCUGAGCCUAUCGAUUUUAACAAAGCCCAGGCUUCAGCCGAGGCUGAGGUGGAUGCUCCUGUUGAGGCCUUUAUUGAGCCCAUCGCUGAGCAUGCUGACGAGGAGAAGGCUGUUGAGACCACCACCACAACCGAAGAGAAUGUUGCAGAGCCCGUGACAAUCCCAACGGCUGGCGAUCAAGUGAAGGUCGGCGAGAAGCAAGAGACCUCGGCGCCCGAGCCAGAGGUGCGCGAGACUCCGGAGUCAACAGAGGUCCAGGUCGAGGCUCCCGAAGAAAACGAUGUGCCAGUGAAGGAGGUUACUAUCCCUGAAAAUUUGGCAGAGGCCAUAGAGGAGAACCCCGCUGAGGCCAAGUCCACUGAUGGGCCUGCCCCUGAUGCGCAGCCCGCAACUGAGACUGAGUCGAGCAACGUCAUCAUCGAUAUUGCUAGUCUGGCAUUGAACUAG